CUACCAGCUCUGCCUCCCUCACUGCUCCACCAACUUGUCACCAAAGAUGGCGAUUUGCUGAGUGCUCAUGGAUACACACAUUUGUCGGUUAGCUCCUAUCGCACCCGAAACGCCAACUUUAAAAACUAACUAACUGCUUAGCGAAGCAACUGUUUCUCCAUCGGAAGGAAAUCUGACAGGACGUCAGCAGUCGCCGCCAUGCAGAUCACGCUGAAAACACUGCAGCAGCAGACUAUUCAGAUUGAGAUAGACCCCGAACAAACGGUGAAGGCCUUGAAGGAGAAGAUCGAGGCUGAACGGGGAAAGGACAACUUCCCCGUUUCUGGGCAGAAGCUGAUUUAUGCCGGGAAAAUCUUGCAAGAUGACACGCCUAUUAAAGACUACAAGAUCGACGAGAAGAAUUUUGUCGUAGUGAUGGUGUCCAAGACUAAACCUGCGGCUCCAGCCUCACCGCCAGUCUCAGAAGCCCCCAAGCCGCCUGUACAAGACUCUGGCUCCACCUCCACCCCCGCCCCGGCUACAAACCCCGCUCCGGCCCCCGCCCCGGCUCCGGCCCCGACCCCCGCAGCUGUCCCCAUUUCUUCAGAGGAGGCCAAACCGGAGCCCAACACGGCAGCCACAGAACCCCAGCAGCCUGCCAGCUCCAGUGGUGUCAGUCAGGGCCUGGACGCCUCCUCAACGCUCGUGACUGGAGCCGAGUACGAGGCCAUGCUGACAGAGAUCAUGUCUAUGGGCUACGAGAGGGAGCGAGUGGUAGCUGCACUACGGGCCAGCUUCAACAACCCUCACAGAGCGGUGGAGUACCUCCUCACUGGUAUCCCCAGCAGCCCAGUUCAGGAGAGCAACCCACCGGCCCAGGCCCCCACAUCUGGCCCCACGGAGCCUCCGUCUCUAGCAGAAGGUGAGAACCCACUAGCAUUCCUGAGAACCCAGCCGCAGUUCCUGCACAUGAGGCAGGCCAUCCAGCAGAACCCGGCUCUGCUCCCAGCACUCCUGCAGCAACUGGGCCGAGAGAACCCACAGCUUCUACAGCAAAUCAGCCAACACCAGGAGCUGUUCAUCCAGAUGCUGAACGAGCCGGUGGGAGAAGGAGGCGACGCCCCGGAGGUCGGCGAGAUGGGGGCGGCGGGCGAAGAGGGCGCGCCCGUCAACUACAUCCAGGUCACACCGCAGGAGAAGGAAGCCAUCGAAAGGUUAAAAGCUCUGGGUUUCCCCGAGGCGCUGGUCAUCCAGGCCUACUUCGCCUGCGAGAAGAACGAGAACCUGGCGGCCAACUUUCUCCUCAACCAGGGACUGGAAGACGACUGAACGGGAGCAGAGCUCUGCCCCCUCCCACCCCCAACACCACCACCCCCCUCCUGCCCCACCCAUCCCACUGCUCCCCCCUUCCUCAGCUCAACAUAAAGACUGCACCCCCUGAUCUUACUGUACGACCUCAGCUCAAGCAGACAGGAGGGGGAGGAGGGGCCGGUUGGGGGGUGGAGGGUUAAGUGCAGGAAGGUCAGAUUAUGGGAGUAGUGGGGGGGAGGGGGGAGAAAAGUGUGGAAGGAUGAUGAAAUCCACGUGAAUUCCAAUGGAAUGAGUGGGGUCAGCUUAGGGGAGAUCUGUAAUUUGACUUUAGGUGCGCUUCGUGAACAUUAGGGAGGGGGAGGGGCGGCGGUGGUGGUGGGGGGGCUGUGGGGUUGCGUGCUCAUGUCUGCGUGUGUGAGAGUACUUGUCUGUGUAUGCCUGUGCAAGAUGGAUGCGACACAGUUAGGCUGAAGAAGAAGAAGAAAAAACCCAACAACAACGUAAUCAAGCUGGCAUCCUCUAAGGUCGUUAAUGCUGUAGCUCAGUCGGUCAGUCGGUUGAACGCGCAUCAUCAGCGUGUGUGUAAAAAAAAAAAGGAAAAAAAAAAACAACAAAUAACAAACAAACUGCUUUGUGUGUACCUCUGUAAGCAUCACGUCCGACAUUGAAAUUAGAAGAAGUGACAGACUGGA